AUGCUAAGAGAUACAGUAAGCUACGAUGAAAUUGAGAAAGAAAUAGAAAAAAUGCAAUCAUCAAAUGCUAAGAUAAGAGAAGAGAGUAUCAACAGUUUAUAUAGAAUAUCCAAAGAAAUUGGCGAAGGGUAUACAGUACAGUAUUUAAUACCAUUUGUAAAAACAAUUCUGGAUACAAAUGAAGAGUCAAAGGCGCCUGUCAUUACACAGCUGGAGAAAAUAUCAAAAGAGGUUCUUUUAGAGGUAAAACCACUGUAUUGCCUAUAUAAAGAAAUAUUCUUAACGAGAGAUAACAAAAUAAGAGAAAUAGCCACUAAUUCUCUUAUAAGCAAUGUUUUACUAGGAAGAGAAAGUGAAUUAAGCCAAGAGAUAUACGAAGCACAAGAAUUUAUAUGCAGGCUAGGAGAGAGUAAAUUUGUAAUGCACAGAAUAUCUGCAAUUUCUUUACUUAGUAGGUUCUUGCUAGAUAUUCCCAGGAGCAGUGAGCCUAAAAGGCUAAAAGGUCUUUUUGAAGCACUGUUAAAGGAUGCUCUGCCUAUUAUUAGAAGAAAGUGUCUCUCAUCAAGUGAAAUAAUGCUUUAUUUAUACAGCGAGCCAGAAAUCAAGCAGAUAGUAGAAACAGCCCUACAAGAUGCAGACGAUACAGUAAGAAGUUUCUUUAUUCACCCCCUGCUUUUGCUGGAUAAGACAGAGACAAAUUCACAUUUUAGCAAAGAAGUGUUUAAGAUGGCAUCGGUGGAUAACAGCUGGAAAGUAAGAAGCAGCUCUACAAAGAUUAUUAAAGAUGUAAUAGUUUAUGUGGAUGAUCCAGAAAUCACCAGAAGAUACAGCAGCACACCUUCCAGAAGUAUAAACACACAAUCUCAAGAGAGCCAUAAAAUUAGUGGAUUUUCUGAACUGAAUGACAGGCAUACUCCAGCCACAGAAGAACCAAUUGGGCAAAUCUCUGAAGACAAACAGAAUACACUGCUAGACUAUAUCGACAGGCUAGUGGAUGACAGAGAGGAUGAGGUAAGAAAGAGUAUAAUACAGAGAACACCCGAAAUACUGUUAGAAGCACCAAAAACAAAAAACAAGAUACUUUACAUUAUAGACAGAGCAUCCUGCGACAAGUCACCAGAUGUCCGUGAGAUAGUCCCAAAUAUAUUAUCUAUUAUAUCAGAAAUAGUAACAAAAGAGGACAUGGAAUUAUUUGUCUCUCCAAUUAUUAGAAGACUCCUCUCAGACGAAGACCAUAAUACAAAAAUAGAGACUAUCAGUAAGCUAAAGACACUCUAUAAGAAGCUCGGUGCAGCAGCAAUUACAGAUGCACUGGCUCCAGUGAUAAAUGACUUAAAAAGUUCUAAUUGGAGAACAAGAACUGCCGUGCUAAAAAGCAUUUCUUCACUGAGCCGGCAGAUGGAUCAACAGUAUUUCUAUGAGUACCUUAAAGAGCCAUUCUUUAAAAUGUUCGUUGAUUCAAUCUGGCUGGUAAGAAAAGAGGCUGCAUCUAUACUCAGUGAAAUAGCAAUUAAUUUUGGUGCUCCCUGGGUACACGGCGAGAUGUUAAAGUCAUUGGAAUUUUUAAAGGAGAGUACGCACUAUGCCCACAGAAUAUCUUAUGCCACUGCACUGGGAAAGGUACUGCAAACACUGUGGCCACGUAAAGUACAGAAGUUGCUUGCUAAAAAUCUGGUUGAUCUGGCCACAGAUGCAAUCCCACAGGUACGCCUAACAGUGGCAAAAAUGAUCCGCUUGGGAAUACUUGAAGAAAAAGAAAGUAUUUUAAAAGAGCUGCAGAAUGACAGUCACCCAGAGGUAGUAAAUGCAUCGCAUAUGUAAUAGAAUAAAUAUUCC